AUGAAAUUAUUGAUUCCGGCGCGGGGAAUUGCGCCCUUACGCCUCCAGGUACACGGUGCCCGCACGGGCGCCCAGACCCCCGGACUGGCCUGGUCCUGCCAGGAGCAGCUACCGCAGCGCCAGCUCCUGGCCAGGGCGCAGAGCGAUGGAAGCGACAGCGACGAGGUAGGAGGCGGCGCGUCUGCUGGAGAGAAGAAGGCUGAAAGAGACGGAGAGAGCCAGGGCGCAGCUCCCUGGAGGCGGCAGAACGAGACAGCGCUCAGCCGCAGCAACAGGAGACAGGAUUCACAAGGAGAAGAGAACGGACAGUGCAGGGAUCGCAGGCGGAGUGACCCGAGCGAGACAGGCCACGGCCGGAGCCUGGAGGGGAGGCAGGUGGCAGCAACAAUACAAGCCCGGCGCCCGGGCGGGAGCGACAGAGGAGCCGGCGGCCCGGUGCGGGGCAAGCUCCAUGGCGCACGCUCCCCGCCCCCCAAGCGAUCACCACGCAACCUAGCUACAAUCGCGGGCUCGUACGAGCGGGGCUUUUACCGCACAGUCCGGCCCAGCCUUGGGCGACGACUCCGACUCAGAGGCUGAGAGGGCGGGGCCGGGGGCUCGCCAGGGUACACCAGAGCCGCGCGGGGCAGCAGUGGGGGGCGCCACCGGCGCCGCAGGGCCCAUUCUGCCCCGGCCGGGGGCCCUGGUGGGGGAUCCCGUAGCCGCAGCCCCGGGUCCCGCAAGCGGGUGCGCUUCGCUGAUGCCCUGGGGCUGGAGCUGGCCAGCGUGAGGUGCUACUGGCCAGCCGAGCUGCCCCAGGUCCCCGAGCGCGUCCACACCCAGCUCCGGCGUGACGCCCUGCGCCACUUUGACCCCCAGGACCCGCUGGCCGGGCGUCUGCCGCUGGCGCCAUGUUUCUGGGACCCGCUGGGGCUGCCAGACUUCGGGGCGCGGCUAGGGGCGCAGGGCGUGUGCCUGGAGGGGGUGCGGGCCGGGGGGCUGGGGGUGGCAGGGACCCUGCGGGUUCUCAACCUGGCCUAUGAGAAGCGGGUCAGUGUCCGCUACACCUGGGAUGGCUGGGCCAGCUACCGGGAGGCCCCCGCUGCCUAUGCUGGGCCCUCCGCCGGCCCCCCACCAGGCCCCCCCUCUUACCGCUUCGCCUUCCGCCUGCCCCUGCCCCCCGGGGGCACCCUGGAAUUUGCGCUGCGCUGCCACGUGGGGGGCCAGGAGCUGUGGGACAACAACGGAGGGCAGAACUACAUCUUGCGGGUCAGGGGGCGGGCCGAGGGCCCCCCCAGCCCCCCACAGGAUGGAGACGGGGGCUGGAUCCACUUCCUGUAG